GUUGGGGACGAAAUUGUAAAACACCCAGAUCGACGGGGUGAAAAGGAGCUUAUUGGGAAAGUGAACCUGAAGAAAAAAAAAAGAAGAAUAAGAAGAAAAACCUCUCAGAGGAAGAUAAGAAAAUUAAACAUUUCAAAAGUCUACCAACUGGAAUACGUUUUGUGUUAAAUAACUCGAUGCGAAGGAAGUAUUUAUAUAUGCAAUUGUGUGUUUAUUUGCACUAGUUAAGGCUGCUACAACUACUGAAUAUCUUUAUUUAAUAAGACGCAAGAACUAGAUCAGUCGUUUGUGGAUUGAGACGUUCCCUCUGCAACCAGCACUUUGCUUUCAACCAUUUCCCCCAGGUUUCUGUUUAUUUGCCUGGCUCCAGGCGAGCUUUGCCCCCCUGGUGGCUUAGAAGACAACACGAGAAUUCAAAACAGUCAACGGUAAUAACUUCAGGGUGGCACAGCAGCUAUGCAGCUUGAAAUCCAAGUAGCACUCAACUUCAUCAUUUCAUACCUGUACAAUAAGCUGCCCCGGCGACGCGUCAACAUUUUCGGCGAGGAGUUGGAACGACAGCUGAAACAGAAAUAUGAGGGUCAUUGGUACCCGGACAAGCCAUACAAAGGGUCUGGAUUCAGGUGUAUACAUGUCGGAGAGAAAGUGGACCCAGUUGUGGAGAAAGCAGCCAAAGAAAGCGGGUUGGACAUUGAGGAUGUCCGCAACAACCUGCCUCAGGACCUCAGUGUCUGGAUCGAUCCUUUCGAGGUGUCUUAUCAGAUCGGAGAGAAGGGACCCGUCAAGGUGCUCUAUGUGGAUGACAGUAAUGAGAACGGGCUGGAGUUGGACAAGGAGAUCAAAAACAGCUUUAACCCCGAAGCCCAGGUCUUCAUGCCAGUUAGCGAACCCGUGGGCAUGUCUCCCACCUCCAGUUCCCCGUCCCCGCCUUUUGGCCAAUCGGCAGCGGUUAGCCCCACCUUCAUGCGCCGUUCCACACAACAUUUAACUUUCACCACUGCCUCCUUCGCUGCCACCAAGUUCGGCUCUACUAAAAUGAAAACCAAUGGGCGGAACGCAAACAAGGUGGCCCAAACCUCCCCCAUCAAUCUGGGCCUAAAUGUAAACAACCUUCUGAAGCAGAAAGCCAUGUCUACAUCAAUGCAUUCGCUCUACGGCGUCGGCUUAGGCGGGCAACAGCAGAAGCCCUCCGCCCUGUCUCCAAACGCCAAGGAGUUUGUGUUCCCCAACCUCCAGGGUCCGGGCAGCCCAAGUGCAUUGUUCCCUGGGGAGACCUCACUGAGUCUCAGCCCUCUCCCGUACAACAAUGCCUUUGAUGUGUUCGCGGCCUACGGGGGCCUUAACGAGAAGUCCCUUAUGGACAGUCUGAAUUUCAGCUUGAGCAGCAUGCAGUAUUCGAACCAGCAAUUCCAGCCAGUGAUGGCCAACUAGACAACAAGAGUACUACUAAUGACCAGAGAUAUGUGAUGGGAUGGUGGGGAACACAUAUUUGGAAAGUGCGAAAAAGAAAAUGGAAAAGCAACACUUCAAAUGUAAAGUCCCAGUGAAUGAGUCAAAAGAUUACGAGCCCGAGGGUGAACUACUGUGUUCCCUUGAGUACUUUUGUCAUUAUUUUUUAUUAUUAAGCUUGUUUUACAAUCAAGCUUAGUUAUCUAAAGUCAUAUAUUUUUUUUUCUUUUGCUAACCAAGCACAAAAUUAUUUUUACUGACUGUUUUAAGAUAUCUUUAUGAAGAAGACAACAACAAAUCAAGGCCUCUAAUAGUAUUCAGCAUAUAGCGACAUAGCCAAUUUUCCAUUGGCCUGAAUACUGAAUGAGGAUCUUUUUUCUAAAUGUACAAUUAAUUUAGUAGAGAGUUUGUAAAAUAUCAGAGUAUAUAUAUUGUUUCUAUGACAUUUUGCAUUUAUAUCUUUUUACUACUCCAGUGAUCUGUGAUGGCUGCAGCAGCUUUUGUUAUAUUUUUUUUAAUUGAAAUUGUAAAAUGAAUCCAUCUACUAUAAAAACAUCUACUAUUCUAAAGAUUGUGUACAGAAUAUUACAUUGUGUUGGGAUUAUAUAAAAAAUAUAAAUGAUAAAAAAAACAAGAGUUGUAUUUUCUGUUAAGAGUUCAAAGAUUUUUGCUAUACUAUGGACAUAAUGUAAUCGUAUAUUAAUUUUGUACCAAUAUUGUGCAAUACUUGACAAAAACAAAUAGUAUAACAAAGUAUUUGGAGUCAGUGUCUUACAUGUAAAGAGGGACUGAUAGUUUAUUAAGUUUGUAUUAAAAUGCUUG